UCACAGUGUGGGGAGGGAGUGUUUGUGGGACCACUUAUAGCGCUCUGGGCCUCUAUAGGCCAUGAGUCUAUUACCAACGUAACGAGUGAGUGAAUUUGCAGUGGAAAAUUAACCAAUUUCUUCAUACGGACUCUACCUUCCAAGAACAUUACUGGGAAAAUAUAAAUAAGCCAAGUGACCAUGUCGUUGAACCCUGACGAGUGAUGAACGAUAGUAUGAGCGAGCGGGCUUGGCACUGAGUGUUGGUGUUGUGGUGGUGGAGGUGGAGAGGGACCUUAGCAUGGGUGUUCCCAUGCGUGCUCCAACACACAGGCCUGCUAAAUUCAAGAACGCUGUGAGGCUAAAAAACUCAAUCUGUAUUCGGACUGAACACACUAAAGGGGUGCUUACCUUUUCCCCGGCGUCGUUCGAACCACUAUCCGAGACUCCGACUCGCGAUUCGAAUCUUCUACUUCACCGUGCAAAUGGUCCGCCGGGCAGGAAAACAAUCUGCAACCCUGAGGUUCCGACGAUUCAGAAGACAAUAAUAAAAAUCACCGUCUUUUCUUCGGCCCAAGAGACCUUUUACCUCAAUACCAGAGAAAAAAAUAUUCCAAAAGUUCUGGAAGAGGAAAAAACAAAUUCUCCAGCACGUUUUUCCCAGCCCUCUAAACAGGCCAUAAAUUCGACAGCCUUUUCCAGGACUCGGCUCCACACGGUUUUUGGUUCUUCGGGAAUUGAACGACUUUCGAGAGUAAGUCCGAAAAUCAAUAAUUUAAAUCUCUGGAAACCUAGCGACGUAAGAGGGACUAUUCCAGCUCCUCGAACCAAACACAUUACACAAAGCCACAAGUCAUCCCAUCAAUGGACUUUUGACACUCUGGAAAUUCACUCUCCAAACGCACCAGUAAAAUCACAAUUUUCCGAAAAUAUCCGUUCGGUGUCGCGAAGGACGUCUACCAAUAGAGAAAGCAGCGAUUCCUCGCCUCUUUCAAGGAUUCCCGACUCUUGCACUGCCAAUUUCUCGACUCUCCGGAGGCCGCCAGCUCCAGCGGACACUCAUGCGGCCCGCCAGGUGAUGGGGCCCUCAAGACCACGGUGGUGGAACCCUCCGAAACCCGGCCUCGUCAGGUCCCCUCGUCUGCGUCUGGUGCUGGUGGUGCUCCUUCUCGCUGCCUGCAAAGUGGAAGGCGAGGGUCGAGCUCCGAGGAUCACGGAACACCCGACUAACUGGACAGUCCCGAGGAACGACCCUGUUACACUCAAUUGUGGCGCCGAAGGUCGUCCUCAGCCCGUCAUCACCUGGUACAAAGACGGUGCCCCUGUGAAACCUUCUCCCCACCGGUUCAUCCUCCCCACGGGAUCGCUUUUUUUCCUGAAGGUGUCACAGAGCAAGAAGGAGAACGAUGCUGGUGUUUACUGGUGUGUGGCCAGUAACAGACUGGGCAGCGCGAGGUCCUCCAACGCCUCGCUGCAAAUUGCCUUUCUGCGUGACGACUUCCGCAGCUCCCCGAGCGGCGCGAGGGUGGUGGCUGGGGAGAGAGCAGUGCUCGAGUGCUACCCUCCCAAAGGGCAUCCUGAACCACUGGUCUCCUGGACUAAGGACGGUCACACUCUCGUCCUUGAUGACAGGGUGUACGUGAAGGAGGGCGGUGGACUGGUAAUGACCGAGACGCUGCAGACAGACGAAGGCAGCUACGUCUGUGUUGCGUACAACCUCAUAGGGAUCCAGACCCAAUUAAAAAAUAAUCUCUCCCUGACAGUCCGACCGUUCUUCGUACGACUGCCGAGCGACGUAACUAGCGUGACGGGCGGCGAGGCUACACUUCGCUGUCGUGUAGGAGGGUCGCCACGUCCCCACGUCCUAUGGAGACGCCAUGAUGGACGCAUGCCCGUGGGACGGGCGCGUCUGGAUGCAGACUCUUCUCUCAGGAUCAGCGGCCUCACGGUAGAAGACGCUGGUGCCUACAUCUGCCAGGCGGAGAACGCCGUAGCCACCGUAGUGGCCAACGCCACCCUCACCGUCUAUGAUCCGCCGAUGUUGGUGUCGGGUCCCGUUGACACCUCUGUUAUCCUGAACACAACGGUGCGUCUGCCCUGUUACGGGCGUGGCACUCCCCCACCCACGCCCGUCUGGACCCACUCCUCCCUGCCACAGCAGCCGGUGGGCGCGGGGUGGGCGGGGGAGAACGCCCACGUGGGUGAGGACGGGACGCUGGUGCUCACGCCCGUGCGGCGUACACAGGGGGGCACGUGGACGUGUUCUCUGGUGAGUGAAGCUGGUGCCGCCCACGCCCGCGCCUGGCUCACCCUCGUGGCACCCCGCCACGCCCCGCCACCCAUCAUCAGCGUCCCGCCCGCCAACCAAACCCUGCCCGCUCGCACCCACGCCACCCUCCACUGCCGCGCCCAGGGCCCGCCCACGCCCACCCUGACGUGGUAUCGAGGGGCGGCGCCCGUUAGGAUAGACGGGAAGAGGAUUUCGGCCAACAAGGCUGGAGACCUAACCAUCACUAGUCUCCAUGAGACUGACAGUGGACGGUACACCUGUCUGGCAGAGUCCAGGUCAGGGUCGACGCAGCGGUCAGCCUCCCUGCUGGUGGUGGGGGGCGACGACCCUCAAGCCGCCCGCAGCUUCCGCCGAGCGCCGUCACCCUCCGCCUUGCCUCCGCCGCCCACGCGCCCACGCGUCAGCGGCCUCACCAACACCUCCGUCACGCUGGAGUGGGCGCCGCCCCAUGCCGGGGGAGACGUGCCCAUUCUUGGGUACAUCGUGGAGUCGUACAUGUCGACGGGGGAGCCCCGAGGGGGGCAGUGGCGGGUGGUGGCCCGGGGCUUGCCCGCCCCCCGCUUUACCGCCCAUCUGGAGGCCGGCCGCCCACAGGUAUUCGUGGUGAGAGCGGAGAACUCGCUGGGGGAAUCGCCGCCCUCUCCCUGGUCGCAGGUGGUGCUGGUAGGCGGCGGGGGCGGCGAGGGAGGGGCGGCGGUGACAACUAAAGUGGAGCUGCCGCCCACGCUGGUCGGCCGACGACUCAACCUCACCGCCCUCAACACCCUCUCUUCCUCCUCCAUGAAGGUCACCUGGCAGGUGACUGGCUCUGGUACUCGAGUGGAGGGCGUGUACGUUCACAUUCGUCCUCGACGCUCGCUGCACGCCCUCCACCUCACGCCUCAGGUGGAGGCUCCGCCUCAUUCUUCUUCAUCGUCUUCGUCUUCGUCUUCGUCAGCGUCGUCGUCAUCUGAAGGGUACAUUCCGUGGGACACGGUGACCGUGAUGAACGCCGGGGCCUCCAGCUACGUGCUGACACGGCUGACGCCCAAUACGGAGUACGAGGUGUUCCUGGUUCCCUUCGUCAGGACCGAGGAAGGGUUGCCUACUGAACUCCGGGUCAACACCACACUACCUGAUGCACCUGCUGGACCUCCUCAGGACGUGUCAGUUCACCUGGUCAACCUCACCCACGCCUCAGUUACCUGGAGACCACCUGAUGCCGACCUCCAACACGGCCUCAUCACCGGCUAUCAGAUUCUUGCUUUCGUUAACGGGAGUUCCCUCUUCCUCAACCGUACCGUCAACUCCUCCACCUACUCCUACCAGUUGGCACCCCUCAUCCCGGGAUAUGUUUACUCCGUCAGCCUAUCAGCGCUCUCCAAGAUGGGAGAGGGGCCUUCGUCUGAACCAAUAAGGCUCCAGACUGACCCUGCUUUGUUGAACCCGUUAGCCAAUCGUCACGCAGGGUCAGAGGGCGUGGUGAGGGAGGCGUGGUUCAUUGUGUUGGUGGGCGGGGCCAUGUUCUUCCUGCUAUUGGUUCUGGUGGUCCUCCUCUACAUAAGACGGUACCAUAACAAGGCCUCCAAGUUACCUGCACUCAAUGCUGCAAGAAAGAUCAUGGUGUUCUCUGUCUCUUCUAUACAGCAGUCCUCUGAGAAGUUCUUGUCGCUACCUCAGUGUAUGCCUCUCCUGAAGGGGUCACACCACCUCCUGCAAGGACAAUCACAACAGCAGCAACAGCAGGAAGAAUAUAGCUGCAGACUCUCUAAGGACGUCGUCAAUAAUACAGACAACGAAGAUAAGACAGUGACGGAGUCUAAACGACCGUUCUUCAUCGAGACGACCUCUCCGACGCUGCUGGGGUCGUCAAGUCUGUCGUUCGGCAGCACCGGAGGCCCUAGGAUGGCCUCUACACCUCGAGGAGGAGCUCUGAGUACCACCCUCAGCGGCCACCACCUCGCUCGACACGCCCCAGGCAAAGGGGCCGCCUCCCCCUACAGUGUCAAUCCCUUCACCUCCCAGCCCCAUCUCCUGCACAAGGGAGUGGCCUUGACCUUGCGUGACCUUGUGCCACCCCCGCCUCCCCACCCUCCCCCAGGAACACACAGACACAGAGAGUUCUCAAGGACCAACACACUAGAGGAGCUGCCGUACGCCUGCUACUCAUCAACGCGCGUCGCCUCUCCUCGCCCCUCCCGCACUGCCAGCCUGGAGGGGGGCGGAUCCCCAUAUGGAGGUUCCACCAACACCUAUCAAAGCAUCGACGGACUCACCGAUGCUCUACGUCGUGACGACGACGGUCGCUGCUGCUCCCAUUCUUGUAGUCACGGACAGUGUCACUCCCACCACAAUCAUGGCCACGGACACUCCCACGGCCGCUGCAGCACCUGUGGCUCGCGAAACUCGUCGUCUUCGUAUCGUCGCAAUAGUGGUCGUUCCAGCCGUUGCGGUCACGUAAGGACAGGGCGGACGUCAGGAGGGUCUCUGCACUCCCUCUCCCGGCCUUGUUGCCACGAUCCUAAUCGCGUCUCUUCGUAUGAAUCAGCGGCACCUGCCAUACCCUCACACACAUACCGACCCAACUUCUAUGGCUGGGCCUCACCACCUGGGUCACCGGCAAUGGACGAGGGCCGGAUGGGCCCCCGACGGCAAGUGUCCCUUGAGAGUGACGCUCUGUUACGGUCCGACCAGACGCAGGUCUACGCCCCUGGAGGCUCCAUCCGCUCUGAUGGGGAGUACUGGUGCAGCCGGGAUGUGGCAAGCGUUUACGGCGGGUCGACGCGCUCCGCCGGAGGGGAAACGGGGGCAGGAUCAAGAGCCGGACCACAAGGCACGUCUCCAGACUCUAGCGCCGUUGAAGGAGUCCCGAGUGAUGCUGUCUCUUGCGGCUCCUGCGAAGAUACCGAUGCGUCCUUUUACGCAUCGUGCGAUAAGCAGACCAAAUUAUAAACCCGACAGCUCUUUAGACAAUAGAAUCAGCGACAGGGAAGAGCCGUGUUGUGCUAGUGUAGUGAAGUAGACGUCUGGGAUCACUGGCGUCAGUGAUGAUAGUUAUAUAGUGUAGUGACGCUCGGGUGAGGAAAAAAUCUGCCUCGUGCGGCUUACGUGACUCUGGCGAUUCUUGGACGUUGCACUGCCAGUUGCUAUUACAGACGUAAUAUCAUUUCCCCAAGAAGUGCCAUAUACGCUCUUAUAUGGGCCCCAGUGGUGAGGAAGCGUGACCAGAAGUGAGGUGGGCAGCGAUGUCAUUACCUGGAGAAACUCGGGAGCUUCUCGUCUGGACUUGAUGGGAGUAUCACCUGAGCUCCAGGGAGAUCAUUAUCCCUGUCCUUGUCACAACACUCUCCAGAGUACGUGUUUGUGUGCGUAGUAGGCAGCAGGAAGAUUAAAUUUCCUCUUCACAAACCAGCUUUAUCUUAUACUUGCUAAAAAGAAAAUGAAAAACUCGGAUGAUUCACACAGAUACAUGGAGGGUCGUAUUUAUGUUGUGGGCAGGACCUACUAUGCUGUACAUAAGCUGACAUAAGAUAACUUGUCACUAAAGGAAACAUCAUAUAAGUAGGGAUAACCUCAGUAAAUAAUACAAGAUGACCUUUAAUAACUAUAACAUUAAAUUCACAAUACAAUAAUUUUUUUAACCGUAAAGUGUUUUAGAUCUUGAUUUUUUAUGUUUAAUUAAAUAGGACUCGGCAUAUACAAAAUUGGCCACGCAAUCGCAAAAAAAAAAAAAAUCGAAUGAAAGAUACCAGCAGCUAUUGUAAAAA